AUGAGUAGCAAGUCACGUGCGUGGGAUUACAUCAAAAAGACUAAUGAAAAGUUUGCAAAGUGUUCUUUGUGUAAAAGAGAGUUUAAACUAAGUGGAAAUACUACGAACUUGAUUGAACAUAUGAAGAGAAAACAUAAUGAGGUAUGGUCAUCCAAUGUUUCUGUUACUCAAGACGUAGAUACCACUGAGCAAAAUGAGCAAAUGGGCCCAACCCCUAAAAAGAGAAAUACGGUAAAAAAUUAUUAUGAUAGAAGUAGUAAAUAUCCAGAUGGGAAAACAAAGAAAAAUUUGGAUAACAAAUACGUGCGCAUGAUUGCUGUUGACAUGGAACCUUUGCGAAAAGAAGAACAUGAAGGAUUUCGGGACUUUGUAAAUGCUCUCGAUAGUAGAUACGAAAUUCCUGAUACAACAAAAUUGAAGAAGAAAUUGCUGCCGGAAUAUUAUGAAAAUGUGAAACAGGAGCUCGUCAUAGCAUUAUCGAAAGCAGAACAUGUUUGUGUGACUACUGAUUUAUGGGCAUCAAUUGCAAAUGAAGGCAUCUUUUCAGUUACUUUUCAUUUCUUUCACAAUCAAAAAUCAAUUGCACCAUUAUUGGAAGUCGUGAAGAUGGAAGGAAGUCACAACGCCGAAAAUAUAGCCAGUGUGUUGGAUGCUACUCUUUCAAAAUGGGGUGUCAGGUUAAAAUGUGAAGCAAUAACAACUGAUAACGCUCAAACCAUGAUUAACGCCGCAGCUAAACUGCUAUGUGCAGCGAUAUAUACCCUGCUUUGCGCACACACUAAACCUGACGGUGACUGA